CAAAAUAGUUUUUGAAAUGAUUUAAAUACCAAAACAAUGGACAGAGAAGUUCUUUGCGAAAGUUUAAUUGUGUGGUUGGAGACAUUUAAUCUGGAUGUUCCUCACGGCAACGCAGAAGAGCUCAGUGAUGGAAUUGCCAUGUCAAAGGUGCUGCAUCAAAUUGCCCCUGACUAUUUUACGGACUCAUGGCUGAGCAGGGUAAAAACAGAGGAUGUGACCAACUGGAGAUUGAAGGUUUCCAACCUGAAGAAAAUUCUCAAGGGCAUCCUCGAGUACAAUAUUGAGAUCCUGGGUAUACAGAUCCAUGACUUUCAGAUGCCGGAUGUGAAUGCUAUAGGGGAGAGCAGUAACCAUAUAGAGCUUGGGCGACUGUUACAGCUGAUUCUUGGUUGUGCCGUAAACUGCACGGAAAAACAGGAGUACAUUCAGCGGAUUAUGUCAAUGGAAGAAUCUGUUCAACACGCCGUCAUGACCGCCAUUCAAGAGCUGAUGACCAAAGAAAUUGCCACAGAUGUGGACUCUGAAGUAGGAGAACAGCUUCAAACAGAAAUUUCUCAAGGAAAGAAACUGGACAAGAACAUUUUCCUGUUCUAGAAAUGAUCACCUUUUCGCCAGCUUUGCACUGAUCUGUUUUACUAGAAGAAAUAAAAAUUUCUGCACAAUCAGAAAAAAUCUUAAGAUCAGACCUUUUAAUAUGUGAAAGCUCACUAAAUCUCAAAAAACCUGCAAAACUUACUAAACACAUGCAAAUGAAUCUUAAAUCCAAG